AUGCGUUCCAGAAAGAUCCUCGAAGAAACGACUUCACGGCUGCCAUCCGGACGAUUCCAGGCAGGACUGCUCUGGAAAAACGAUCAUAUCGAUUUUCUAGACAGCAAGCCUAUGGCAGAGAGUCGGCUGAAAUCACUGGAGCGUCGUUUACGGCAGAAACCCGAACUUUUCGAGAACUUGAAGCAGCGGAUAGUCGAGUACGUGGAGAAAGGCUACGCGCAUAAGAUUACGCAAGAAGAGAUUCACUGUUCGAAUCACAGGAAAGUGUGGUAUCUUCCGAUUGCGGUAGCCGUACACCCCAAAAAGCCAGGAAAAGUUCGCAUAGUUUGGGAUGCGGCAGCUACCGUCCAAGGUCAGUCCCUCAACUCCGCCUUGCUUCCGGGACCCGAUCUAUUAUCCUCCCUUCCGUCAGUACUCUCCAAAUACCGCCAACGCCAGGUUGCAAUCUGUGGCGAUAUAAAAGAAAUGUUCCACCAGUUUCUGAUCAGACCCGAAGAUCGACAGGCACAACGGUUCCUGUUUCGAAGCGACCCCUGCAAAGACUUCGAGAUUUACGUCAUGGACGUUGCCACUUUUGGUGUAACUUGUUCGCCCUCCGCUGCACAGUUCAUCAAAAACCAAAAUGCGAAGGAGUUUGAGUCCGAAUUUCCCGAGGCUGCCGCAGCAAUCGUCCACAAUCACUACGUGGACGACUAUUUGGAUAGUCGGGACACCGUCGAGGAAGCAGCAGACCUGGCGCUGCAAGUGAAAACAGUCCACGCUAAGGCUGGGUUCCACAUUCGGAACUGGAUGUCCAACUCCAGAGAGGUGCUUUCACGGGUUGGGGAUUCAGCUGAAGAAUCUGCGAAGAGCUUCAAGACGCAUACAGCUGCAGUUUCGGAACGCGUACUCGGGAUGAGCUGGUUUCCCGAAUCAGACGAAUUUGGAUUCCGCGGACUUUUCCGCGAACAACUGAUGCCCCUACUUCACGGAGAAAUUGUUCCAACGAAACGGCAGCUCCUCCAAGUGGUCAUGAGCAUUUUUGAUCCACUUGGUCUGGUGUCGCUUGUCGUGGUUCACGGAAAAAUCCUCGUUCAGAAGACGUGGCGAGUUAAAAUCGGGUGGGACGACAAAAUCAACGAAGAUCUGCUCAAACUAUGGCGGCGGUGGAUUAAGCUAUUAGGACAGCUUGACACAAUUCGCAUAUCACGGUACUACUUCCCAGAAUAUCUACCGGAAAGCUACAAAUCUUUGCAGCUACACAUUUUUGUAGAUGCGAGUGAAGAUGCGUACGUAGCAACCGCCUUCUUCAGGAUUGUAGAUCAGUCCCAAGUUCGUUGCGCUCUGGUAUCAUCGAAGACGAAAGUUGCGCCACUGAAAUUACUGUCAGUUCCCCGUCUUGAGCUCCAGGCUGCGUUGCUCGGAGCCAGAUUAGCGAAGUCUGUAGCGGAAAACCACACACUGCAAAUCGAACAACGAUUCUUCUGGGGUGAUUUCUCCACUGUUCUCUCAUGGAUACGCUCGGACCACCGGAGAUAUCGCCAGUUUGUGGCGUACCGCGUAUCUGAGAUUUUAGACACUUCAAAGGUCGACGAAUGGCACUACGUUCCCUCGCAUCUGAAUGUGGCGGAUGACGCCACAAAGUGGAAAGAUCAGCAACAGUCAUCGCUGAACGCGCAAUCUAUUCCAACUACAGAGGAACUGAAACCCAUCCACGUACAUCGAGAACUCCGAAGAGAACAAGUGGUGCAGUUCUGCCGCUUUUCCAAGUGGGAGCGUUGUCUGCGUGCCGUUGCCUAUGUUCAUCGAUUCAUCGAUCAGCUGAAGCGAAAGCGGCGUAAAGAACAAUCCGACGUUACAUCCAUCCUUACUCGUGAAGAGCUUCAGCCGGCAGAAGAGACCAUUAUCAAGCAGGCCCAGUUCGAAGCUUUUGCAGAUGAGGUGAUUACGAUGCAGAACAACCAGUCGCUACCGGAGGACCAGCGUCAGCGACUCGAAAGUACAAGCAAGCUGUACAAACUGUCUCCUUUCCUGGACAAUCGAGGUGUAGUCAGAAUGGAGGGACGGAUCGACGGUUUUGCGGAUGCGCCCUACGACUUCAAGUAUCCUUCUGUGCUGCCGAAGAACCAUUACGUUACUCGGCUCAUCGUCGAUUCGUACCACCGGCGGUACAAGCAUUCCAACGGAGAGACAGCAGUGAAUGAAAUGCGGCAAAAAUAUCACCUGUCGGAGAUGAGAGCAGCAUUCAGGAAGAUCAGCAAAACUUGUACGUGGCCGUUCAGCUUCGUCGAAGUGGAUUACUUCGGCCCGCUGUUGGUCGUCCAAGGUCGUCGUGAAGUGAAGCGAUGGGUCGCCCUCUUCACCUGUCUGACAAUCAGGGCGAUCCAUCUCGAGGUCGUCACCAGCUUGUCAACGGAGUGCUGCAAGAUGGCUUUACGGCGGUUCAUAGCACGGAGGGGGGCACCUUCGGAAAUCUACAGUGAUCGGGGUACUAACUUCGUUGGAGUCAGCGGCGAGUUAAGGGAGCAAGUGAAAGCAAUCAACCAAGGUUUGGCAUCAACUUUCACCAAUACCGUCACCCAUUGGCGCUUCAAUCCUCCAGCUGCGCCGCAUAUGGGGGGGUCUUGGGAACGCAUGGUUCGGUCGGUAAAGUGUGCAUUGGCUUCGCUAUCGGUCGAGCGCAAACCUAGCGAGGAAGUGCUGGUCACGCUACUAGUUGAAGCUGAGUCGAUGAUAAAUUCGAGGCCGUUGACAUACAUGCCGCUCCAGACUUCGGAGCAUGCGGCACUUACUCCGAACUGUUUCCUCCUGCUUAGUACUAGCGGGGUGAAUCAGCCUUCAACCCAGCUUGUGGACGAUAGGCAGGCUCUGCACACCAGCUGGUUCCUGUGUCAACGACUCUUGGACCAAUUCUGGACGCGCUGGGUGAAGGAGUAUCUACCCACCAUCACCAAACGGACCAAGUGGUUCGUAGAUACCAAGCCGGUCUCUGCCGGUGAUCUGGUGGUCAUCGUGGACGAUCGAGUCCGUAACGGAUGGAUAAGGGAACAAGUUCUACGCGUGUUCCCAGGACGAGAUGGCAGAUGUCGCAGCGCAAACGUGCAGACAGCAACUGGUGUACUUCGACGACCGGUGGCGAAACUAGCCGUCCUAGAUGUUGCUGGUAAUGCUCGAGAGGACACGGAGCAAUACGGGUCGGGGAUUGUUCAGGACGGCGCCCUAUCGUCUGAAUAA